AUCUGUUUUUCGCUUCUAGUUCUGAGUUUCCGCCUUUUGUGUUACGUCGCGCUUGCUUUCGAGGUGACAUCCCAGGAAUCUCAACCUCUCUUUUUCUGCACCGUUUGAUUUUUUCUCUCACACACAUGCGUGUAACGACCAGGGCAAGGCAACAGGUUCGAGGAAAUUCGUGCAUUUUCCACUUUUCUUCGAACAUACCGCGAUUCGCACAUCGAACAAGAAUGCGACAGCGCAAUGCAUCGGCGGCGCAAGCUCGCCGCACGACUUCUACCGUUUCGCGUUCCCUGUCGUUUUACAACGACUUGUUUCUCACUCACUUCAGCUCUGUUUCCUUCUACUGUGGAGCUCUGACACACUCGAGAGAUGCUGAAAUAGCCACAAAAAGCACGUAGUUCCACCGCAUAAAAGAACUUCAGUCCCUUCGUUUUGGACACCAGCAGCGUCCGUCAUACCAGACCUGUACCCGUGACUCUUUUGAAUGGGUUCCCACCAGAUUCAAGUUAUACUGUGAUUUCUUUGAAACAGAGUCUACCGCUUUUAGCGAAAUAUCGUCUCUUCCUGUUCGGUGCACUCAGCGGCUAAGCGUAGUUGCUCUUCGCAUUUCGUCUGCGUUCCUUCGGUUUGGCGAAAAAUGCUGGACACUUCGCAAGUGCCGCCUCCGAAGCCAUGGGAAAGAGUGUCGAGCCUGCCACGUGGCAAUGCGGAGAAACAAAUUGUUUCUCAAGUGGAAAAAUGUGAAACUGGCACACGAGGGAGAUCCUCUGUCUCUACAGGUUUGAUUGAACCAGCGACAAGCCAGUUAGACGUCGUUUCUUCGGUGAAAAGUGACGGUGCUGUCGCUGUAGUGGGGCCUGCAGACAUGGGUGGCGAAGGCGCCCAGACUGGUUACGACGUUGAUUCUUCACACCGAAGUUACAGUCGAGGUUUAACUGCUGUAGAUGCGUACAACAGCAACGCGAAUGUCUGGAAUGCAAGUCACUUGCAGAGAAACGCGGAGGUCUACGGCGGAAGUCACUAUUACACCCCUUCGCGAACAGGAAACUAUUACGGCAACCUAGGGUUUGGAACAUCGAAUCCUCUCUACGCUUCCUCGUAUGGAACGUAUCGGAACGGUCUCUCGCUCUCCCCGUAUUCUUCGUCUGCGUUGUAUUUCCCCUCUUCCUCAGUUGGGGGUUCGUCUGGCACUUCUGCAGUGCCUUUUUCGUAUUCCUUUUUGCAGGAGACUGCCGAGGGUUUAGGUCGCGUGUCUCUGCUGCUGGAUUUGAACGGUUGCUUUCUAGAUCGGCUCUGUGACCACAGCUCGAACUUGCUUUUUCGUCUGAACUCUCUUUCGGCCUCUUUUUCACAGCUGCGAACCUAUCUUUCGUCGACGGUGAAACACCGUUGUUCGCGUGCGUGUGAAGCUGUUUCCCACCUGAAAUCGAAAUGCCUUUUUCCCGACUUCCAAGACCCUUUUGCCCUCGCAGUCCCCGGCGCCUCCUCAGCGUUUUUGCCCGAUUCAACACCAGUUCCUCUCGAGAAACCUCCGAGCCUUCUACCCCGGUUCCUUUCCCGCUACGUAUGCGCCGUUUUGACCGUUGAAAGUUGGGAGAAGACCCGGAACUCCCGCGCCGCUUUGCUGCGCUUUCUCUCCCGCCGCAACGUCGUGCACUAUGCCUUCGUGGAGAAGCAAAACUUCCGGGGAACAACGCGAGAAAAGAGUGCAAAAAACCCCCAGCGUCCACUGACACAGAGAGGCAGGGACAGUCGCCGCGAUGCUUCUGUCCGCCGAAAAGAAAAAAGUGCAAAACGGGAGAGUCUGGGUGGCCGUCUGGGAAGCGGAGAGGAGCGGAUGCUUUGCGAACCCCCAGAAAAAGUGAACAACGCCCAAGAUCUGGACACGGAAAGACAGAGGAAACGAGGAAAAGAAGACCCGGAUGUGUGGGCCACAAGUCUACGACAAAGUCGAGACAUCCCGACGGGACAAGAUAUCCAGGAUGCACAGGAAGAAACUCGGAGACUCUGGAGAGAGUUGAGACAAACCAUCUUGGAACUCAGAAUUUACGGCAGCAUCUUUUUCAUCUUGUUUUUCCUCUUAACUCGCCGUCUGGGUAGCAGACUGGCCGCCGGCACCAGUGGACGGAAUUCUUUUGGACUUCUCUUGUCCACCCUGUUGACUACGACACUGUUGGGCGCGACUUUGAGGAUUUUUUCUUCGCUUAAAGACAGACGCAGUCGAAGAAAGCUGAAGGAGGACUUUGUGCAGCGCUUCAAACGACUGAUACAGUAUUUCUCUGUUUCUAAAAUCCCGAUGGGGUAGAGUUUUCAACUUGAACGGGUCGUGCCAGUUCAACAGGCGGUCGCGACAAGGAACCGUUCAAGAUAGCGUUCUGUUUUGUUUUCCAGUUGCUGUCUCGAGCCUUCUUUUGAACUGGAGAAAUUCUCUUUUUUCGACUGCUCAGCUUUUGCUCGUCGCACUCAUCAAACAACGCCGCGGCGACCUCUGCCUGCAUUUCUAUUUAUCACGAUAUCGCCCGGGACGGACGGAAACGGACGCAGACCUAAGUGGAACUUGGAACGCGAUCCGAGUUUCUUAGACGAAAAACGCAACGCCGAGACCCUCUGCCAAGAGGUUAGAGAAGUCUUUGCCGAGAAAAGCUUUAGACUCUCCGACAGUCCCCUCCAGCGUUGAGCCGAACCGGAGAGAUUUUGCACAAAAACUGCGAGAGGGUCAGAAAUUCAGUUU